GCUCAUCACCAGCGGAACCGUUCCAAUGACUUCCGCUUAUAUUCUUCGAGUAAUAUUCCGGUCAAAACCUAUUCCGAACUCAAUAUCUACGAUCUGAUCGCUUCCAACCGUUUAAGAAACAAUCCGGAUGUCAAUUCGGGAACUCUUGCUAUCGAUCAACAAAAUGGCUUACAAUCAGAUGAGCCGCCAAACUGCGGUUUUAUGUCAUUCCGUCCGCGAUGUCUGCAACAAAUGGCCACAAUUCAGGUGUUCGUCUUCUUCUGUAGCAUUUUGGUUACUCUACAACAGGCCCUCUCUUCCGGAUAUUUCAACAGUGUCAUAACGACUAUAGAGAAGCGGUUCGACUUCCCGAGCAAAGUGACCGGUGCUAUAGUCAGUACAUUCGAGUUGGGAAACCUACUCACCAUUAUAUUCGUCAGCUAUUUCGGCACUUAUCGACACAUUCCUCAGUGGAUCGGCAAAGGAAUCCUCAUCACAGGCAUCGGUUCCAUUGUGUUCGCGAUCCCACACUUCAUGGAUAUUCACAACCCGUUGGGUGCGUGU